AUGACAAAUAGCAAACUUCAAAUAAAGCUGAUAGUUAACAGAAUUUUGGGUAAAGAAGGUAUUUUAGAGCAGUUUCGAUUGACCAGAUAUUAUGAAAAACCUUUCCAGACAAGACGUCGUGUCAACCAUGAAAAAUGCAAAGCUAUCUAUAAUGAAGACAUGGAAAGAAAAAUUCAAUUUGUUCUUCGUAAAAAUCGUCAUGAACCCUUCCCAGGAUGCCAU